AUGACAAACAUGAACGGUGCUGGUUCUGAAGGUGCUCCUCAUGGCGAGCAGGGCACACCCCAACCUAUCGCUAUCAUCGGGUAUGCUUGCCGGCUGCCAGGGCAAGUUACAUCCCCUAGUGAUCUGUGGGAACUAUGCACCCGAGCUCGAAGUGGCUGGUCACCCAUUCCCAAAGACCGCUUCUCCGUCGAAGCAUUUCGCCACCCUAACCCGUCCAAGGUUGGUUCCUUCAACCCGAAGGGAGGCUACUUCCUCGACGAGGACAUUGCCCGUUUUGAUGCUCCCUUUUUUAACCUCACCGUCCAAGAAGCUACGUCCAUGGACCCCCAACAACGCUUGCUGCUGGAGUGCGCAUAUGAGGCGUUGGAGAGUGCUGGCAUUCCCAAAGAGAAUCUUGCCCACCGAAACGUGGGCGUUUUUGCCGGAGGUAAUUUCUCUGAUUAUGAGCUCAAUAACGUCCGCGAUAUCGAGACUAUCCCCAUGCACCAAGCCACCGGCUGCGCGGCCUCUCUGCAAUCCAACCGCAUCUCAUACUUUUUCGAUCUACGGGGGCCUAGUAUCACAGUGGACACGGCUUGUUCUUCUUCACUUGUCGCACUCCAUUAUGCAGUACAAAGCUUGCGAAGUGAGGAGUCUGAGGAAGCCCUCGUUGUUGGUUGUCACCUUAACCUUGUACCGGAUAUUUGGGUUUCUAUGUCCAUGUCACAGCUGUUUAAUGAUGAGGGUAAAACCUUCUCUUUCGACGAGAGAGCCACAUCCGGUUUUGCGCGAGGUGAGGGCUCUGGUGUCGUAAUUCUGAAACCUCUAGACGCCGCAUUGCGUGAUAAAGAUACCGUCCGAGCUAUCAUUGUACAUUCAGGAGUCAAUCAAGACGGGAGAACACAGGGAAUUACACUACCAAAUGGGCAAGCCCAGGAAGAGCUAAUUCGGCGGGUCUAUAAAGAAGCCAACCUCAAUCCAGACGAAUGCGGGUUUGUAGAAAUGCAUGGAACAGGAACAAAGGCCGGCGAUCCUAUCGAAGCUACAGCAGUCCAUGCGGCACUCGGAAGGAAUCGCACCCCGAGGAGCCCGCUUUACAUUGGAUCGGUCAAAUCCAACAUUGGGCACUUGGAGGGCGCCAGUGGCAUAAUUGCCAUCAUUAAAGCAGCCAUGAUGCUUGACAGAGAGUUGAUGCUUCCGAAUGCUGAGUUCAAGAAAGCGAAUCCUAAUAUUCCUAUGAGCGAGUGGAAUAUGAAAAUUUUAACGACGACGCGGCCCUGGCCUUCUCACAGAAAAUACCUUAGUGUGUCUAACUACGGAUUUGGGGGUACCAAUGCACAUGCCGUUCUUGAAAAAGCACCGCUAUCGUCCAAAGCCCCAGAUGAAGCUGUUGAGGAUGUUGAGGUGGACCCCAAACGCAAGCUGUUCUUGAUCUCUGCCAACGACAAGGAGUCUCUACGAACUAGGAUUAAAGAUUACGGUAUCUACUUCGAACAACACCCAGAAGUUUUCGAAAAGACUCUAUUCGGCAACUUUGCUUAUACUCUAGGGAACAAGAUGUCCCAACUCUCAUACCGAGUUGGCGUGUCAGCUACCUCGCUAGAUGAACUUGGAAUCCGUCUUGCUCAACUGAAGAUCAACCCAUCCAGGGUUCUAGGCACCCCGAUAGUCUCGUUUGUCUUCACGGGCCAAGGGGCUCAGUGGGCACGGAUGGGUGUUCCUCUUAUGCAUGAGUACCCUAUCUACAAGUUGGCCAUCACACGAGCCGAUCAAUGCCUACGGGAUCUCGGCGCUGAGUUCUCACUUAUCGAGGAGUUGGAAAAGGAUGCCAGUACCUCUGAAAUUGACACUCCCUAUCUGAGCCAACCGGCCUGCACAGCGCUUCAGAUUGCACUAGUCAAUCUUCUGGAAUCUUGGGGAAUCCGUCCUGCUUCAGUCGUUGGCCACAGUUCUGGAGAAAUUAGUGCAGCCUACGCUGCGGGGAUUUAUGACUUGGAGGGAACCAUGGCUCUAGCUUACUGGCGUGGUCAAAUGGUCUCCUUACUCAAAUCCUCGUUCCCGUCCCUCAAGGGCACCAUGAUUGCCGUUGGCACCAGUUGCGAGGCUAUUCAGCCUAUGUUGAAGGCUCUAUCUGGUUACGCCACAAUUGCUUGCGUGAACAGUCCUUCCAGUGUGACAGUGUCGGGAGAUGUGUCCGCAAUUGAUGAACUCGAAAGGGUUCUUGAAGACAAGAAACUUUUCAACCGGAAAUUGAGGAUUGAUGUUGCCUACCACUCAGACCACAUGAAGAAGGUUGCUGAGGCUUACUUGACUGCGAUUGAGACUAUCCAGCGCUUCCCAUCGGCAACUCCAUCUUUCUUUUCAUCUGUGUUUGGACGCUUUGCAGAACCUUCUGAGCUUGGUCCAGGAUACUGGAUUGCGAACUUGACAUCACCGGUGUUGUUCUCUGAUGCGCUUGGCAAGAUUGUGUCGGAUGAUGAAACACGCCCCAACCUUCUUGUGGAAAUUGGUCCACACUCUACAUUGAAGGGCCCCAUCAUGGAUACUCUGAAGAGCUUGGGUCCCACUGUCUCCAAGAUUGCAUAUACACCAACCAUUCUUCGUCAAGUGGAUGCGGCUGAGUCGGUUUUAGAUACCGCCGCUGCGGCCUAUGUGCGAGGUGCGACACUCAAUAUGACAGGAGUAAAUUUCCCCAAGACCAGUGCAGCAAACCGUUGGUUCUUAAGUAACUUGCCUCGUUACCCUUGGCAACAUGGAACUCGGUACUGGCACGUUGCCCGUAUUUCGCAGAAGCAUACGGGCAGAGAUCGUGCCAGGAACGAUGUCUUGGGAGUAUUGGCAAAUUAUUCAAAUGAUCUGGAGCCAACAUGGCGGAACAUCAUCCGCUUAGAUGAGGUUCCCUAUCUCCGGGACCACAAGAUGCAGGGGGUGGUCGUUUACCCCAUGGCAGGCUAUUUGGUGAUGGCUAUUGAGGCCGCUCAACGACGCGCGGAGCAAGCUGAUAUUCAAAUCUCCCAAUUUGAACUAAGGGAGGUUAUUGUGGGCUCAGCACUUGUGCUCAGUGAUGAUACAGAUGCAGAGACCACCAUUACUCUCCGCCCAUACGCUGAAGGCACCCGUGGAUCAUCUGAUAUUUGGGAUGAGUUCCGUGUCUGCUCAUGGACCUCAAAACGAGGAUGGACAGAGCACUGUACUGGUCAGGUGCGGGUUCGCUCCGAUCCGAAACAGCAGGCCGCUGCGAUAUCGAGCCCAUUCGAGACUCAAACCACCCACACGAAAGCUCAGAUUGACCGAAUUCAGAAAUCAGCCACUAAUUACCUCGAUAUGUGCCAUAUGUACCAGGCUCUUAGUGAUCUAGGAGCCGGAUAUGGUCCUAUCUUCCAAGAUAUUGAUAACUGCUACUCCAGCCCUCACCACUCGUUUGGCGAUCUGUACGUUAGAGAUACCCGCAGUGUCAUGCCGAAGGGAUUCGAACCUCCCUUGACCAUCCAUCCAUCGUUUCUGGACGGACUUCUGCAUUUUGCCUGGCCUCUCCUUGGCCAGGGACUGGGCCGAAUGGACCUAGACACGCUGUAUAUGCCGACAAUGAUCAAGCGUGUGACAGUCGGUCUCAAUGUCCCAACCACUGCUGGUGAAUACCUCAAGGGUUACUGUAGUGGUAGUCCCAGCUUGCCUUCUCCCGAGCCGACCAAAUUUGACCUUUUUGCCACCCAAGAGGGCUCUACGGAGCCCGUAAUUACAAUAGAUGGUCUGGUAAUGACUCCUCUCAGAAACCCAGACACUCACCGCGAAGAUACUCGCAAACUGUGCUAUAAGGUUGAUUGGCACCCCUUGGCCGAGGUUGAGAACGCCGUUGAAGGAGACAUUCAGGAUCGCAAUGGCCUUGCAGAAUUCCAUGGCCAUACUUGCAUCCCUGGAGAUGCAAAUACGAAUGGAAAUACAGAGCUGAAAGGUAACACUCAUGCAGAUGGGAAUUCUACCAAGCCCAAGCACAAUCUAUUCAUCACCCAAUUUGGCAAAGCUGAUGGUACUGCUGAUAAAUUGAGCAUUGCACUGUCCGAUGGAUCUGGAUGGCAGAUUUCAGUCCGAACAUUUGGUGAAACGGACUUCUCUCAGAAGCAUCUCGUUAUACUUCAGACUGGAGCUAGCUCCCUGCGAUAUCUCACCGAGGAGCUAUUUGAGGAACUCAAGAACGCACUGCUUAAUGCUCAGACUGUGCUCUGGGUCUACCGUACUGAUUCCCCCGAUGCUCAAAUGACAGUCGGUUUGACUCGCACCUUGCGCUCGGAGACAUUGGCUAGGAUAGCUACUCUUGGGUUGGCUCCUAGUGACAUCGAAUAUCCCGAGAAGCCUAUUCAGGCAGCCAUUAAUGCUCUAUGGCCCACCGAUGGGACCCAGCCCUCAAAGGAUCUCGAGUUCAAGUCCAAAGGCCCAGAGCUCUUUGUCCAACGCGUGGUGGAAGAUGAUGUUGCUAAUAGUUUCGUCCACAAUGAGACCCACGACAUGACAAUCUCAACCCAACCAUUCAGUCAGUCUGGGCGAUGCUUCAAGAUCCAGAUUGGCAAUCCGGGUGCUCUCGAUUCCCUCUACUUCAUAGACGACAAUCCUCUACCACUAGGUGAAGACCAGAUCGAACUUCAAGUCAAAGCAAGUGGCCUUAACUUCAAAGAUAUCGUGGUCUCGAUGGGCCAGCUUGCACAGUCUUAUAUCGGAAUUGAAUGCAGUGGUGUUGUUUCCAGUGUAGGAUCAAAUGUGAAGAAUUUCAAGGUUGGUCAAAGAGUCAUGGCCAUGCCAGAAGGCUGUUUCUCAACCUACGCACGAUGCUCUGCGACCAGCGCUGCAGAAAUCCCAGCCGGCAUGUCAUUCGAGGUUGCAGCCACAGUACCAGUUGUAUUCUGUACGGCAUACUACUCUCUGUUUGACCUAGGUCACCUGCAAGCCGGUGAGCGGGUUUUAAUCCACGCCGGUGCUGGUGGUGUUGGCCAAGCCGCCAUAAUGCUAGCUCAGAUGAUCGGCGCAGACAUAUUUGUUACAGUCGGAAGCAUCGAGAAGAAACAGUUCUUAAUUACUCAAUACGGUAUUCCCGAAGACCGCAUUUUUUAUAGUCGUGAUGCAUCUUUUGCUCGUGGCAUUCGAAGGGCUACAGGUCAGGUCGGUGUGGAUGUUAUCGUCAACUCCCUAGCAGGCGACCUUUUGCGAGAGACUUGGGAGUGUCUUGCGCCGUUCGGACGAUUUGUCGAGAUUGGCAAGGCUGAUAUAACGAAGAAUACCCGUCUUGACAUGCAGCCUUUUGAACACAACGUCACAUUCUCGUCGGUUGAUCUCACCAAGGUCGGUAAUUUCAAGCCGCAUCUGAUGAAGCGCCUCCUAGGCGAUGUUUGUCGAUUGAUCAGUGAGGGCUCGGUGCAUCCCGUCCUCCCACUUUCGAUUUAUCGAAUUUCCGAUAUCGAAAAGGCAUUCCGUACACUACAGAUCGGUAAGAGUAUGGGUAAGAUUGUGGUCGUUCCUCAUGAAGAUGACCAGGUCAAGGCUGUAGCUCCCAAGACCAGUUCCACUCUCUUACGACCAGAUGCGUCCUAUAUCUUGAUUGGUGGUACUGGUGGUCUAGGCCGAAGUAUCGCCAAGUGGAUGUCCUCAAAGGGCGCAAAGAACAUUGUCCUUGUGUCUCGUCGAGCCGCCAUUAAUGACAAAGUUCAAGCGUUGAUUGAUACCUUAGCUCCACUUGGAGUGCAGAUUAUCGUCAAGGCUUGCGAUGUCAGCAGCCAAGAGUCUGUCGAGGCUUUGGUUAACGAAGAAAUGAAAGACUUCCCCCUAUACGUGGUGUUAUUCACGGACAUGCUCUUCGAAAACAUGUCUCUUGAAGACUUUACAGCAGUGUCAUACAACAAGGUAGAAGGGGCUUGGAAUCUACAUAACACGCUGAUCAAUUCCCCACUAGAUUUCUUCAUUGUCCUCUCAUCAGUGGCCGGGAUAAUCGGCAAUCGCGGCCAAGCAGCAUACUCCGCAGCAAAUGCAUUCCUGGAUGGAUUCAUAGAAUACCGCAAAUCCCUUGGUCUUCCAGGAACAUCAAUCGACCUAGCUGCAGUAAGCGACGUCGGCUACCUGGCCGAUACCGACGCUCAGCGACGCCAGGAAGUAAUGAAGAAUAUCGGCGGCCAGACCAUCGAUGAGUCGGAAGUCCUGGCGUUGAUAGCUGCCGCUCUGACAGGUGAUCUUGAGCAGUCCUGUUCUGGGCAGUGCAUCACAGGACUGCGAGUUGAUUCACUCGAGAACAAUUUCUGGAUCCAGGACGCGAGGUUCAGCUUGCUAUAUGAGGCUGCUAGGGGCACACUGGGAAGUAGUUCACAGAGUGACGGCCCGUCGGUGCCGCUGCACGUCACUUUGUCGGCUGCCUCAUCUAAGGAGGAGGCUUUGAAAGUGUGCUACGAGGCGCUGGCUGCGAAGUUAGCACAGGUGCUUGUUCUCUCUUUGGAGGAUAUGGAUCCAUCAAUUACAGUGGUUUCGUUGGGCCUUGACUCGCUGGUGGCUAUUGAGAUUCGUAAUUGGAUUGCCCGUGAAGCCAAUGCCAAUGUGCAGGUUUUGGAGUUGCUGUCGGGUGGAAGUUUGAUGGCCUUGGCUGAGAUUAUCCUCAACAAAUCUCAGGCUUAUUAUAUCCGUCCUGAGUGA